AUGCAUCAGGGUGGCGGAAAUACCUUGGAGUUGGUUGAAGUCGACCCAUUCACACAAGCCUUCUACGAGAUUGACACUGACAGUGACGGCAUCAUAACCAGAGCGGAUUUGGAGGACUUUGUACAAAAGAACGACAUUGAGGAUGACACACUCGUGCGAUCAUGGGUCAAGCUGUUUGAGCCUUCUGAAGGUGGCUUUAUAACUAUGAAGUUAUAUCGGGAAAAACUUGGUCUGCUAGAAGAUGACAACUCUGAAAUGCAGAACUACUCGGGGCUGAAGAAUCCCAAAAUUCGAGUCAUCUCGGCCAGCAUGCCAACUGAACGUCAAUCGGAGAUCAUAGGACAGAUUUGCCACUUUGCCUCUAGUGGCAGCGGUAGCAGCAGCAGUAGCGACUCAAAGUUUAAUGAGGCACAAAUGGUGGCUGAUUUAAAGCGAUGGUUAGAUUCGCGGUAUGGACGGGCCUGGCAUGUUCUUCUCAUACGUGGUGCCUACUGGAUGCACUAUUCACAUGAGAUCGACUGCUCCCUUCAAUUCCAACUUGGAUCAUAUGUGUACCUCCUGUGGCGUACACCUGCUGGUUAG